UAAUAAAUCUUUUUCUCCUUCUCUAUCCUUCAAACAAGAUCUCAUCGGAAAAAAAGGAGAUGUACAUGCUCGCGAUUCAGUUCGGAGAAUCCACGAGCGAGUUUCUCAUUCGGCAACCUUGCGUCUCCGCAUCUUUCUGUCGUUCCCUCCCUCUUUCUCUCUCACUCCUACUCGUUCCGAUCUAUUGCGCGCGUUCGAUCAGCGAGAGUCCAGUCACUCCAGUCCUCCUUCCACCAGUUGUCACGGUACAAAGUCUCGAUCGUCAAAAUUUCAUUGCUCGGUCUGCACAAAACGCACGUCACGAUACCGCGAAGUGCAUCACAACAAGGCCGACCGAGAACAGCGAAGAAUACUAAGUCGUGUGCUUAUUUCAAUCACCGAAUUGCAGCUAGCUUCUUGUCAUUCAACGAUUCGUUCUGCGUAACACAAGGAAUCCAGUAACAAUGGCAUUUCGUGAGUUAGUGGAAGGAGAGUGUGGAGGCUCCAACUCUCUGAUACGUCUUACAUCGCAUUAUGUGCAAGAUCAUGGCUUUAAAGACGAAGGAAUUCAUCGACCAUUUACUUCAUCGGAAGUUUUCCAAACACCGGACGCAGAUCAGUUGGUCCAACAGUUCUUGGAGGAACCAUCCCACCCACAGACGUUUCGGAUGGACAAUCUAUUACAGGAAAUGAGAGAGAUUGAUCAAAAUAUUCAUGCUCCAAGAGCUGGACCUGAGAUCUUAAAGGAAUUGCAAGAUAACUUGGACAAAGCAUGGGAGAGUCCUCUUGUUAUACAUACUAAACCUCUAGAUGAACAUCAAGUGAACGAAAUAUGGAAUGCAUGUUUACCUACUCAAGAAGAAGGUACUCAUUUGGACAGGAAUCAUGAAUUUGGAUUGGACCCAAAGUGGGCGCAAGAUUUCCUAGAAUAUAAUACAGAUACCAUACAGAACAAUACUGACAAAAAUGAUAUUGCUCGAACUAAAGAGGAUGAAGAUCCAAACUUUGCAUAUUCAAAAUUUAUGAAAUUUAUGGAACGACAAGAUGACAAUCCAAUAGAAACCAACCAAACCACCAUGAAUUUAAAUAGUAACGAGGAGUGGGUAGAGGAAUUUACAGAGAAUUUAGAAAAUAAUGCAGAUAAUCUCUUGAAUAAUGGCAAUAAAGAAGUUUUGAAUAAAGUAGAAGAGGAAUUAGAAGCUGCGGGUACAUGGAUAAAUGAAUUUACAAAGGAAAAUUCUCCUAAGGAAGGCGAUAUGGAGUCAUUAUGGAAGCGUUUUCAAGAUGAAUGGGAUAAAAUCUCUGUAAAUGAAGUCUCCUCUGCACACCCGUGGGUAUCAGAAUUUGAUACAUAUUAUGAUCCAUUUAAUAAAGAAUAUGAUUUCUCUGAGACAAAUCCUAUGAAGGAUUUACCAAAUGCAUUGGAAGAAGGCAAGAAACGAUUACAGGCGGGAGAUUUACCAAGUGCUGUACUCUGUUUUGAAGCUGCUGCCCAACAGGAUGAAAAUAACGUUGAAGCCUGGCUACUUCUUGGCAAAACACAAGCUGAGAAUGAGCAAGAUCCUUCAGCUAUCUCUGCUUUAAAUCGUUGUCUAUGCUUAGAUCCAUCAAAUAGUGUUGCUCUUAUGGCAUUAGCAGCUUCUUAUGCAAAUGAGUCUUAUCAAAAGCAAGCUUGCCUAACAUUAAAAGAAUGGUUAUUAAAGAAUGAAAAAUACAAACAUCUUAUGAAAGGUCCAGAAUCUGAUAUGAAAAAAGAUGAACAUCCAAAUUUUAGUGUGUCUACUUUGUUAUAUGACAAAGUGUACGAUGAAGUCAAAGAUCUGUACAUUCAAGCCGCAAGGAUAAAUCCUCGAGAUGAAAUCGAUGCGGACGUACAGUGUGGAUUAGGUAUAUUAUUUAAUUUAUCGAACGAUUACAACAAAGCCGUAGAUUGUUUCCAAGCAGCGUUGCAAGUGCGUCCUGACGAUUCCAGAUUGUGGAAUAGAUUAGGUGCCACUUUAGCUAAUGGUCAGCGAUCGGCGGAAGCUGUAAACGCGUAUCAUCGUGCCUUAGAAUUAUCGCCUGGAUUUAUUAGAGCACGUUACAAUCUGGGGAUAUCUUGCGUUAAUCUUGCAGCAUAUAAAGAAGCAGGCGAGCAUCUUUUAACAGCGUUGAAUCAACAAGCUGCAGGGAGAGGCCCACAGGCUAGCAAUAUACCCCCUAAAGCAAUGUCGAACACAAUAUGGUCUACGUUAAGAUUAGUUAUAUCAUUGAUGCAUAAAUAUGAGUUGAUGGACGCCAUAGAAAACAGAGAUUUGCCAAGGCUAAACAAGGAAUUUGGAAUCAUGUAGAUGGGCGCAAGUGCAUUCAAGAUUCAUAUGAUGAUUUACUUUUAUUUGGAUUAUUCAGAAAUAUAUUCGGGAUUACAUAGGUAAUCAAUAAAAAAUAUUAGAAUAUUUUUUUGAUAUACUCUAUUAAGCAUUUAAGGGGCCAUCAUAUGUACAAAAAGUUUAGUUAACCUUUCGCUGUUACACUCUUUUUCGAACAUAAAUGUCACACUGAGUGGAUUCUGUCCAGCUUCGACUUUAAACCGCUGUAAAUUUUAAAAUAAUGAAGAUAUUGCUAUAAAAAGAAUCAAGAGAUACGGUGGUGUCUCGUGCAGCGCGGGACACCCGUAUAAUUACACGAGUACGCGACUUGCAAGCAUCCGAGAUUAUCAGAUCUCAAUAAUGGUUGAACUAAUCAAGUUCUAACUAGAUCAUGAAUAAAACUUCAAUCUUUUAAAAGUAUAAUGAUAAAAUUUCGAUAUCAAAAUUUGUAAUUCGAUGUCGGAAUACUUAAAAAAAUUCCGAAAAGUUAAAACUUAGAGGAGGGGGGGGGGCUUAAAUUAUGUCUCAAGGUAUGGAUGGACGCCCAGGAUGACAGCAAAGAGUUAUAAUCAUAAAGCAUAAACAUUUCGACUAAUUACAGUCGAGCAUUCCAAAAUAUAAUACUGCUAUUUUUAUUGUGAUUGGUCGAUUUAUUUAAGGUUUUACUAUGAGUAAAAUAUAACAUUGGAGUGAUAUUUUUUUGCAAUAAAUUUUUUGCAAAUUUUUUAAGAUGCUUAUAGUAUUAUUAUUAAAUCUGACAAUCAAAUUAAUUUGAGAUAUUAUUUAAUUUACGAUUGCGUUUUAAUUAAUUCGUAAGAUAACUAUAUCGAUACGCAGUUUAUGGGACUAAAGUGUAUUUAAUCAUUGUUAACACAUUUAAUAUUAAUAUUAAUUAUUAUUAAAUAAUAUUAAUGAUCAAUUUAAUUUAAAAAAUUAAUAUCUGUUUCGGCUGAUAAAUAGUGUUUCUUAUUUCUUGUUUAUUAAAAUAUAAAAAUAUAAAAAUUUAUUAAAGUUUACUAAAAGUUUUUUACAUGUGAUGGUCUUUCGCAAAACUAAAUUCUAUAUUUUAGACAAGGGUUUCCUAAAUUCUUGUGUGGAUCGCGCUUGUGCGAUUUAUUUUUGAGAAUCCCUGUUUUAGACAAUUAAAUGCAGAAAAUAUAUAUAAUAAAUAGAUAGUUUAAGAUUUGUUGAAUUACUGCACUUUUAUUGUACUGAGUUUUGAUAUCCUGUAUAAAUAAGAAAUAUAAAACUGGUUCAAAUAGCUCAUUUAUUAAUAAUGCUAUAACUUAUAAUUACAAAUAACAAUUGAAUAAUAUGUAUAUUUCAGGGCAAUUUAUUAUACUGUUAUAGAAAUUUGUCAAUAUUUGUCCAAUAUCUAUUUUUGUUUUUAUAAAAAAUAGCCAUUUAUAAGAAAUAUAUACUUUAAAUCUA